CGGCUGAUCCCGGAGGGGAAGGCUCAGAUGAAGUUCAAUACAAGACAUGGGGAGAGGGGGGCUGAGUGCUGCUGCCAUACGGACUCUCGGGCACCGCUGGGCACUGCUCCUCACCCUGCUGCUGUACCGGGGGGCUGCUGGGGAGCAGGGGGACACCCCCGAGGCUGGCUCUGGCCAGAUGGCAGAAGAGGUGGAUGUGCUGGAAUCUCUCACUCUCCACUCAGCGGAGCUCGUCAACCUCACUCUCACCUCUGAGGAUUCCUGUCUCGCCCUGGAGUUGGGCCAAUACUCAACGCUUAGCAUUUCCACCAUGACAGCAUUUGGGGACAGUUUUGCAGAUGAACUCACCGUUCUGAUGAUGCUACGAUCGUCCCUGAGAGAAGACACCGGUCUCCUUUCCAUCCUCAGCCUUCAUGGCCUCAUACUGUUCCAGAUCCGAAUCAACCCAAAGGCAUUCAUCUUCAUCUCCAGCCGCCGAGGUCACUAUGAGUUUUCCGUGCCAACCCUCACUGACGGCCAAUGGCACCGGGUGGCACUUAGUAUCUCUUCUAAAGGUGUGGCGCUGUAUGUGGACUGCAAGCUGGUGGAGAUGCUUUCUUGGACCAACUAUUUUGGACUGGGAGUUAGCACUGAUGGGAUAUUAAUGCUAGGUGGGCUCAUUGAACCCUACGAGGUCCCCUUCAAGGGAUCGUUACAGCAACUCGUCUUUGUAAUGGGAGAGCCGGGGGCGGCCAAACUCUACUGCCGAAGCUACAACCAAACUUGUCUGAGCACUUUCUCUGAGGAACAUUUCUUCAACUUGUCCCAGGGCGACCUCAGGAGGCGGGAGGCCAGAGUAACUAAGUUGGAUGUGGGCGGAGACUGGACUACAGACCAUGGCAAAAACUACACCCGUCAAUCAACCAUACUUGAGAUUUCCCCAACAAACACGAGUGGGAAGGUCCCCCAAGGACGGGGCGUCGGGACACAACAUAGGGGCAGUCUGGACUCUCAGCGGCUCAUCAACGAAGUGGAUCUGUUGCUUCUGGAAGAGGAAGGCUUCAUUCCCUCCUUCGUCGGGGGCGAGCAGGACGGCGCCAAGGCGGCCAAGAAGGAGGGACAACACAAAAAACUGGACCCCGCUGAAGAGAACAUCACUAUAGAGAAGCAAGAAAAGGUCCCCGAGCGCCUUCCGACUGACAAAUCCAGUAGUGACCUCCUAGACUUGGCCAAAGACCCCAAACCGAUUCCAUGGUCUACACCUGCUUCCACCAGUGCCCCCUUCCACUCCACGGCCGUUCCAGAUCUCUCUUUAGAAACAAAGAACAAGACAAGUAUAGACAUGGCACCUACUCCGUCCCAUGCCACCGAUCCGCAGAAGGCUGCUGGGAACGCAAGCCGCGAGAGCAACGGCAUCCAGACAGGGAAACCCAAAAGACCCGUUGCCCGUGGGCCUCCGGGACCCCGUGGUAGUCCUGGCUGCCCUGGUCGUCCUGGAUUUCCUGGACCAAAAGGAGACAAGGGCCAACCGGGAAUAAGGGGGCGUACAGGAGUGACUGGCAACCCCGGUCCCAACGGGCCCCCUGGACUACCCACCGUAAUGAUCUGGAGCAACUCUAAAGAAGACUGGGCAGCUUUCUAUCAAACGUCGUUCUAUCAGCUGCUGCACGCAGGCUGGCCUAGAAUCCGUGGGUCGACCGGCUUCCCUGGGAUGCCCGGAACGCCAGGAACUCCAGGUUCAAUGGGACCCCCGGGGCGACCUGGAAUCAAAGGACAGCAAGGUUCCAUGGGGACCCUGGGGCCCAAGGGUAUGCAAGGGAUGCCGGGGACACCAGGAAGGGACGGAUCUCCGGGAUUAGACGGGAAGCCGGGAUCUCCGGGGACGACAGGAGCCAAAGGCCCUCAAGGAUUUAAAGGGGACCAAGGACCUCUCGGCGAGAAAGGAGAAGAAGGAUUUCAAGGAUCUCCAGGGCCAAGUGGUGAGGAAGGAGUCAAAGGAGCCAAGGGGGUGAAGGGAGAGGCCGGUCCCGUGGGUCCUUCGGGGGUUCAGGGCCCAAUGGGUGCUAAAGGUUCUUUGGGAUUUCCAGGCCCCCCAGGACCAAUAGGAGAUAUGGGAAUUCCUGGAACUCCUGGUCCACCGGGGCCUGAGGGAGAACAAGGACAGCCAGGAACCCCAGGAACCCAGGGCUUGAAUGGGUCCCAGGGUGAUCUGGGUCCUCCGGGAAUAAUUGGUCAUCGGGGACCACAGGGUCCUCCUGGAAUAGAAGGUAUAAGAGGACCUCCUGGGCCCAGAGGACCACAGGGAUUGAUGGGAGCCGAUGGACCCCAAGGUCCACAAGGAAGCACAGGGGACCCUGGGCCAAUGGGAGUAAGAGGAGAACGGGGACUUGAAGGACCCAUGGGAUUGAUUGGAUGGCCAGGACCAGAUGGACCUCCUGGUGAUAAGGGUCGCCCUGCUGCAGAUGCCGAAAAAGGAGAUCCUGGACCAAAGGGGGAAAAAGGUUGUCCAGGAUCUCCUGGCAUCAAAGGUCCUUCUGGAGAGCAAGGCCAUGUUGGUUUUGUGGGUUUCCCAGGACCUAAAGGUCAGAUGGGCCCCAUCGGAGCUCCAGGGGAUGAAGGCCAGGUUGGAGCUUCAGGUCUCAACGGCAGCGACGGACCAAAGGGAAACCGGGGACCUGAUGGGCCAAAGGGGGUAACAGGACCAAGAGGAAAUCAGGGUCGUAUGGGCCAGAGAGGACUUGUAGGAAUGCCAGGAGCAUCAGGUCAGCGAGGAGCCGGGGGCCCCGAGGGAGCAGAAGGACUUCCUGGUACACAGGGACCCAGUGGCGCAACAGGGAAUCCUGGGAGUAGGGGGCUUACGGGUCCUGAAGGGUCUCAAGGGGACGCUGGAAGAGAAGGACCUCCAGGCCAAAUGGGGCCUCCUGGGAGAGAAGGGAUUGAUGGAGAACCAGGAGAUUCUGGCGAAAGGGGAUUUACAGGGAAACCAGGCCCAGAAGGGCCACAGGGGCCAGUAGGCAUGUAUGGGUUCCAUGGCCCUGCUGGAGAGAGAGGUCGGACGGGAUACCCCGGGGAGAAGGGGGAAUUGGGACCUCCUGGGAUCCAAGGGCCACCAGGAAAAGUGGGACUAAAGGGUCCUCCUGGGCCACCAGGGGAAAGAGGCCCACCAGGACCCCAGGGUCGACUAGGAGAACCAGGCAUCCAGGGUUUGCCCGGCCUUCAGGGCCCAGCUGGUAACCCGGGGCCAGAUGGGGAGCCUGGAAAGGGUGGACGUCCAGGUGAAACCGGGCCUGCUGGGAGUAUAGGAGACCCAGGAUCUCCAGGAUACCAGGGUCGAGACGGAGCAGCAGGUGCUGAAGGACCCCCAGGAGAGAAAGGAGAAAAGGGAGAAAUUGGGCCUGUAGGAGACCAAGGGGUGAGCGGUUUGGACGGGGAGCAGGGAGAACCUGGGUCUACUGGACAUGAAGGAUCAGUUGGCCAUAAAGGAGAUCAGGGGGACCCUGGUCCUCCAGGGAAUCCUGGUCUAAACGGGCCUGUAGGAGACCUAGGGGCAAGAGGACUGCAGGGCCUGGUGGGACCCCCAGGGGAACCAGGGAAGGAGGGAGAUGUGGGGGAAAUUGGAGAUGUUGGAGACCACGGUCCUCAAGGAGAAAAGGGAGACAAAGGGCCACUGGGUAGUACCGGGAACCCAGGACCUGGCGGCAUUAUAGGAGAACGAGGCAAUCGAGGUGAAAAGGGGGACAAAGGCCUGAGUGGACCUCUGGGACCCCCGGGGUUGAUUGGAUCUACAGGACCUUCUGGUCUACAGGGAGAAAUGGGAAAUGUUGGCAAACAAGGGUCCCCAGGUCUUGAUGGACCUCAAGGUUUGAAGGGGGAAACUGGUUCCACUGGAGAGACUGGUCAACUCGGUCCCCCUGGGCCAAUGGGCCCACCUGGAAAGAAAGGGGAGAAGGGGGAGCGAGGACAGACUGGGAGACCAGGAACAGAGGGGCCACGAGGCAUUAACGGCAACCAGGGGCCACAAGGUUUUAUUGGCCAAGAGGGACUCAAGGGGGAAGAUGGGAGCCCGGGAAAUACAGGAAUCCUGGGGGUUACGGGGCCACGUGGGGAGUCUGGACCCAUAGGGGCACCAGGAAGAGAAGGGAAGGAAGGAGAAAAGGGGCAACCAGGAGAACAUGGAGUUCCAGGGAAACCGGGGCCCCCUGGAAACCCAGGACAAGAAGGGAAUGUGGGGCAGAGGGGAGAAAAGGGUGACAGUGGCAUUGAUGGCCGCCCUGGCAGAGCAGGGAAUCCUGGGAGAAAGGGCAGAAGAGGGAAAGCAGGUCCAAGGCCACCAAGAGGACCUGCAGGUCUCAAGGGUCUACAAGGAGAUAAGGGUUCGGAAGGACCAGAAGGACCCAGAGGACCAUAUGGCAUUCCUGGACUCAGAGGAACGAAAGGUGAACCGGGUCGAAGAGGUAUAAAGGGUGAGCUGGGCUUGGAUGGACCAAUAGGACUGCAAGGAGAAGAAGGGCUGAAGGGACCACAAGGACCGACCGGGGAGCGGGGACCUUUCGGGAUCAAAGGGGAACAGGGAAUUGAGGGGCCACCUGGCUCUCAAGGAUUACCUGGACCCCAAGGUGCACCAGGACCACCAGGGAUAGAGGGACAUAAAGGAUUCUCUGGAUCUGAAGGGCCCAGAGGGCCACCUGGACCACCGGGGCUUCCUGGUGCUCCUGGACUCCCAGGACCUUCUCUAAACUUAACGGCCCAAAGUUUAAAGCGGACCUUCUUCCAUGCCGGGGCCUUGAGCGUAGAGGGACCUUGGGAUCUUCUGCAUCGUUUGGAAGAGGACUUGAAACACUUGCGCUCUCCGCCCAAUGGUUCCAAAGAAAACCCAGCCAGCACCUGUAAGGAACUUCAGCUGGUGCAACCUCAUCUGUCGGAUGGUCAUUACUAUGUAGAUCCCAACCAGGGGAGUCCACAGGAUUCUUUCCUUGUGUUCUGUAACUUCACUGCAGGCGGUGAGACGUGUCUGCUCCCUGAGGAGAGCCAAAUACCUGUCAGACCUUGGCUUCAGGACUAUCAGGCUUCUGAGGGUUUCCAGUGGUUCAGCACUCUUCCUGGGGGCUUUAUGUUCAGGUACAGUGAAACAGGAGUCGUCCAGCUGCGGUUCCUGAGGCUACAGAGCAGCGCCGUACAUCAGGGGGUGAGCUACGUGUGCCAAGGUCAGCCCGGCGUCGCUGCGAAAGACAAGAAUGUGAAGUUUCUGACCGAUACCCGGGAUCAGAGCUUUCUAGUGACUCUGCAGGGCUGUGAGUGGGAAGAGACUUCAAACAGAACAGGAACUCUCCUCCACUUUGCCCCCUCAGACCUCAGCCUCCUUCCUCUCAGAGACUUGGCCAUGUUACACGAUGGGGACAUUGGGCACCAGUUUGGUUUCUUGGUGGGUCCUACCUGCUACAGCUGAAGUCAAAGAGCCGUUCCUCUUGUGAACUUCUUUUUUUGUGGACCUUCACCCAGGUGAAGGGUGGAAGACCUGCAUUAUUUAUUACAUGGGUCCCCCGCCCCCCCAACUUUUUUUUUUUUUUUUCAACCUUCUCUCUCAGGAAGGGAGACAAAUAGUUUGUUUACAGUGAAGCAUUUGGUGCUCCUACUCUUAAGUUUGAAGGCUUCACCCAAAUCUCCUGGUGAGAACCACACACAGACACCUCAAUGGCUUCCUUGGAGGAGAACAUUCAUGGAGUGAUGUUUCCAGGGAAGGAACCUGAAUUUAUUUCCCAGUGCACUUCUUAUUCCGCCUGUGCAGCGAUAGAGACGGUUCUCGAGUCCUGACGUUCUAGUAACUUCCAUGUGGACCCUCGGAUUUCUCCUUUGACCAUGGGUGGUGGCCAAAGGUACCAAGUCAACAGUUGACAAUAAGAAUCGGUGAUGCCGGAUUGGACUUAAGUCGCCAAGGGGGGAGACUCGGUUUUGUGACUGCAGGAUAAGUAAAAGCAACGGCAUUGGUGGCUUCUAGGGGUGCGGGGAGUUGGGCAGCAGCCAUAGGCCGCCUUUUCUUGAACUUCAUUGGCAGUCGACGCAUGUAGAGCAGGACGUCCCCCAACGUUGGACACCGAUAUUGUUACCGUCCCCAGGUUUGGCUCCUUGGCCGCCCCAUUUGGCUCCCCGGGAGUUGCCGGCUGUUGCACUGACAUAACGUCUAAUUUAUUCCGUAACGGGAAGCUUCACCGAUUGGUUGGAGGCUUCACGGUCUCUACAUAGCCCUACAACUCCCAUCAUGCCUCAGACGGGCAGAGGGGGUUAUAGUUGCGCAAUAUCUCAAGCAUAAAAGGCUGGCUAUCCUUUCUGGGGCUUAUAAUUGGACUACCUACGCGCACGCGUUAUGGCUGCCCCGCCCCCGGCGCCCCGUGCCCAAGGUUAUUGGUUGUUGCUCUUUACAGGACUUCCUACGACUUUGCUACGUAUUGUGCUGUACUAUAAAGUGAAUAAAACUCAUUUUGUGAUAGAAA